GUGUUUCCCACACAUGAUGUGUCUUAAAAAAUAGCCUAAGUGCAGUUUUUUUUUUCCCGUCUAAAGUUUAUUUAAUAAAGGCUCAAGGCCCAAUCCACAUACAAGCCCAUACAAAUUAAGGGCAACUAAGAAACUCAAAAGAAACCUCAAGUCCAAUACAAACCCUAGGUCCAAGAAAGGAGCAGAUGUCGGCCGCAUUCCAUCGUGAACCGCAGCAUCACCUCCGCCUCGACUAUCACCGGAAAACUAUCCACCGAUUCACCGAGUCACACCGGAGCUCAAAGACUCCCCACUUUCUUAACCGCGACCGCCAACCUCCCCAAUGCAUCUCAUCUCGGAGAGAAUCAAUCAUUACUGAGAUCUCAUCCGCCAUAGAUUAACACAGACACUAAGGAGAAGGCUUCGCUCAAUCAUCACCCUUUCCACCGGAGGGCUUCCAUCGUCCUCCGAUGAGAUCACCUCCAACAAACGCGAACCAAAUUCACUUAACUAAAAACAACAGAAAAGCAAUCAAAAGGAACUAAACCCUAGAAAGGAACAUAGGGACCAGAAGCCGGCGAGCAAAGCACAAGACGCCUUUAUCCCCCGGAGUCAAAGCCGGCAACAGUGGAACUGUAAGAGCUAGGGAAGCCUCCACAACCCGGGACCUUUAUCGGCGAUGCUAGAGCUAUGGGAGCCUCUACAUCCCGGCACAAAACCGACGCUGAACUGAAGAUUUGUCUAUCCUACAACCUCGCCGCCAAUCCAAAGGAAGAAGAGUUGCAGAGAGCCGAUCCCGGAGCAAAACCCUAACCCAGAUCUGCAUGCAUGUCGGAGAGAAGCGACAGAUCGGAGCAACCACACGAGAACCUAAGCGAAAUGAAAAGGAAAUGAGCCACCGGCGCCGGUACGCGCUCGGACGCGCCACCAGACGCCGGGGCUGCGUUACUCGCGUCUCUCUCUCUUUCUCUCUCUCUCUUUCGCUCUGUUGGUUCUAUAUCGAUUUCAAUGUGUUUUACUGGAUUGUUUCCAGCCUAAGUGCAGUUAUGGAUAAACAAAUUUGUUAUCUAAUCCCAUUUCCAUUCACAAGUUUCACGAAUUGGGUAAAAGCCAAGGAAUCUGUUAUUUGAUAACUUUAUGCAUUACUGUUAAUAAUAAAUUUGGGUUAAUAUGUUGUUUGAUAAAUGGGUUAAUAUCUGGUAACUAAUUUGAUACUUGAUACAUGUUUUGUUAACUGAUACAUAGUUUAACAUUAAAUAAUUUGUUAGAUGAUACAUGGUUUGUUAUUUGAAACAUGUUUUGUUACUUGCAUCUCCAAGCCUCCCAACACUAUGGAUGUAUGGUCCAGUUUCUUUGCUUUUGCCUUUGCCUUUCUUACUUGCAUCUCCAAACCUUCCGACAACCCCACUCGUAUCUGUUAAUAACAAAUAUAACACGUAAUAGUUCCCGUAUCAAUUAAGGAGAAAAUUACCAACACAAUCAUCAUCAUAACAAGUACGAUUCACCUCUUUAUCCAGCAGUCCGUCGUCUGACCCAUCGUCCGACCCACUUCUGCUGUCUGACACACGUCUCGUACUACUGAAAAAUCUGUUUCGAUAAAACAGGGGUAUUUUUGUCCGAUCCAUACCAAAAAGAUACUACUUUUUGGAUUAUCCAUAUUGAUGGGUAUUUAACCAAUUUAGGCAUUUGUUGGGUAUAUUACAUUCAUUGUCCUUAAAGGAAAACUAGAGUUUGACCCGUACGUUCGGGCGAACUUGCAUGUGUUAAUUUUUAUCUUUUUAUAAAUUGUUUGAUGAUAUUUAUAAACCCAUGUUAUCUGGAUAUUCUAGGUUCUUACAGAGUUUUCCAGACCUAGAAGGAUCCGAGUCCGAAUCCCGUCCGAAAAUUUAUAAUAUCCAAACAAAUUUUAAUUCUAAACCCAAAAAAUCGAUACAAAAAAUCGAUUCGUAUCCAAACGGGUCAGUUGAAUUCUUGUCAUGAAUGAAUCAAUUUCAUUCAAACUUGUGAAAUUAUUUUGGUUAACACGUAAAAUAAAUGUUGUCGAAUUAUUAUGGUAAAUAUAAUUAAUGAAGUAAUUAGGAAGAGUGAAAAUGGAAUGUAAAAGAUGUAACAAAAACACUUAAAAAUAUUUAAAUUCUAUUUUGUACUCUGUAAUAAAUGAAGUUGAAUUAAUUAUAAAGGACAAUAAAUAAAGUGGUUAUAAUUAGUAUAAAAAUGAAUGAAACUAUGUAACAAAUCACUUAAAAUUAGACAAAUAUUAUAGGGAAAAUUGCCAAAAGAGAACAAGAAAUCAGCAUAGUUGUCCCUAUAGUAUAAAUCCAACCUAAAGUAGUCCCUAUAGUAUAAUGUUUUCCAUAAUACCAAAAGUAACCUUUAAUUAAUCUUAUUAAACAUAAUUAAUUUGGUUUUUUAUAAAAAAAUAAAAAUGAUUCGGUUUAAUAAAGUUACCGGGUUAGAAAAAAAAAUCAGAAGAAAAGGGGUCAAAAGCUUGAUUUCCCUAACCCUAACAUCGUUGGUCUCUCCGCCUCUCUCUUUCACGGAGAUAAAGAUGGCGAUUUUGUCUUCUCCGUUGUGCUCCCUCCGGUGAAAUCAACGACGGAACCCACCGAAGCUUCUCUCUCCACCUCUACGUCUCUCUGCUACUCUCCGCCUCUCUCCACCUCUCUCCGCCUCUCGCCGCCUCUCCGCUUCUCGCCACCUCUCUGCUUCUCUCCGCCUCUCUCGGCGUCUUUCCUCCUCUCGCCGCCUCGUCGGUUCUCUCCACCUCUCGCCGCCUCUCCGCUUAUCGCCACCUCUCCGCUUCUCUCCGCCUCUCCGCCUCUCUGCCUCAAUUUGCGAACGGUUUGUUUCUUUGAUUUGUCUUAGUCUUUGUUUCAUUAUUAAUUUUGUGACUUUGACUUGGAUCAAUAUUUGUUUGCUUGUGUGGAUUGACUUUUUGAUUAUGUGAACCGAUUUUAUUGAACAAUGUUAGUGUUUGUGUUUGUCUUUGUGAGUGUUACGAUACUGAUUUCGUUGAACAAUGUUAUUGUUUGUGUUCGUGACUGUUACUAUACUGAUUUCGCUGAACAAAGUUUGUGUGUAGUUGACUCUUAAUUGUCUUAGUUUGCUGAUUUGUUUGCGAGAUGGAGAUUGACUUGUUUUAAUUUGAUUAAUCGAUCUACUGUGUUUCUAAAUUUAAAUUUGAUUAGACAAUGGUGUUUGGUUUUGAUUAUUAUCUUGUGUUUGGCUCAGUUUCACUCUUACGUUUGUUUCGGACGUUUGCGUGUUUAUGCUUUCAUGUGAUGUCUUUUGGUGUUAACAACCAUGUGUUUUAUUAUCUUUUGUAGAUAUGGAGCUUGAGCUACCCAAACGAUUGUAUGCAGAGGGUUCAGAACCUCGGGUUAAGAAGAUCAACAACAGUUGCCGCAUGGAACUUAUCAGAGAUCUGAAGAAAGCUAUGUGUGCCGAGUAUGAUGAUGUGAAGAGAGAUCCAGUUUUCACACAUAUCAUGGCUAUUGCCGAAAAUGAUCUCAAGUUCUCUGGGAAACUAGUGGAUAGCUUCAUAUGUAGGCAGCUGAUUACCUCAAAGCUGCAUGAGAAGUGGUUUGUUUUUGCGAGGACGCCUCUCCGGUUUUCGCUUCAAGAGUACCAUGCCGUGACAGGCCUCAAGAUUACACGGGAAACUAACAGUGACGUAGUGAAAUGGAAAAACGACGGGGGUUUUUGGAGUAACCUACUGCACACAGGUGGUAAGAUCACCUUGCAGUCGAUCAGAAAGGUUCAUCUACAAGAAGUUCACACCUGGACUCGGCUUGAUAGGAUGAGGUUGAUCUACUUGUGUGUAAUAGUGGGUGUGGUGAUGGGGAGCGAUGAGAAGGUGUCCAUCCCUGAUAUGUACAUCAAGUUGGUGAUGGAUUUUGACAAGGUUCGGAAGUUCCAUUGGGGUCUUCACUCGUAUGAUUUCCUGCUGAGUUCGAUUGAGAAGGCUAGGAAGAAGUUGGGUAAGAAGGAGAGCUACAUUUUCGAGGGUUUUUCCUAUGCUCUCCAGAUUUGGAUUAUGGAGGCAAUUCCAGAUUUUGGAGAAAUUUUAGGCAGAAGAGUCUCAGACAGCUUCAAAGGUCCAAGGUGUGGCAAUUGGAAAGGAGUUGCAAAAGUUUCUUAUGAAGACAUCAUUGAGCUCGAGGACUCCUUAACUAACAAGGAUAACUUCUUCUCGGUCAUAUCAGUGACUGGUAAUGGUGAUGUGUUUCUAGAUGCUCAGUACACAAGGGAGGGUGAGAUGGAAGAUGAACGAGUGGACCUUGUUUUGGAGAGGAUCAGGAACAAGUAUGAUUGGAGCAGCACAGACUGGCCAGUUUUAGACCCUGAAGAGUCUAAAAUGGAGGAACCCGACAGCCAUGAUAGAGGGUCAGAAGCUGAUAAGAGCGUGGAUCAUACGGAUGUUGUAGCAGACGAGGAGACCUCUUCGGUUCAGGUUGCAGGAAAAGGCAAGAGAAAGUUUCUUGAUGAAGGAGCAGAGACAAGAAAGAAAAAGGUGCUGUGUAAGCGAUCAGCAGAAAAUUUUCUGACUUUUGGUCCUGAAACUAAGAGUUUCAUUGAGGGUCUUAUCCGCACAUCUGUCACUUCAUUGGGAGAUGUGCUCAGUAUGCAAAUGGCGAAUAUGGAGAGAGUGUUUACAGAGAGGAUGGGGAAGAUGGAGAUUGAGGUUUCACAGCUCAAGGACGCAAUCAGUUUGACUGGUGAAGGAAGCUAUCCUAGUAAGAAAGAAACUGAAGAAGCUCCACUAAACAGCAAAGCCAAGCAAGCUCCACCUAAGAGCAAAGGCGCUCAAGCUCCACCUAAGAGCAAAGGCGCUGAAGCUCCACCUAAGCGCAAAGGCGAUCAACCUACUCCAACAAAAAAGGUACUACCUAAGAGAAAGUGUAGAACUUGAUGAACCUGGAACUA